AUGCUGGGUUUCAGCAUCGGUAUCCUUCCUAGCAUAGUCUUGACAAAUCCUGUAUCUCUCCCACGGCGUAGCUCCCCAGGUGGUCAGAAUGUUGUUUACUGGGGACAAAACGGCGGUGGUUCCAUUGAAAACACCGACCUGUCCGCUUAUUGCACAGCUAGUCAGGGUAUCGAUGUGCUUGUGUUGGGCUUUUUAUAUGAGUUUGGCAAUGGAAAUACAGUGCCAGGAGGGGGAUUUGGUCAGACGUGUACUGUGCUCGCGACAUCAGGCACUUCGCAAAGCUGUGAAAGUGUCGCGGCCUCGAUAACUGAUUGCCAGAAGGCUGGUGUAAAAGUCCUCUUGUCAUUAGGGGGUGGGAAUGGUGGGUACACUGUUACUUCGCAGUCUGAGGCAGAAGCAAUCGGGCAAUAUCUCUGGGAUGCCUAUGGAAACUCUGCAAAUUCGAGUGUGUCCAGGCCAUUUGGUGAUGCCAUCGUGAAUGGCUUCGACUUUGACAUUGAGAACAAUAGCAAUGGAAAUAAUCAAUACUAUCAAUAUAUGAUUUCGACCCUUCGAUCUAAUUUCGCUACUGAUACAGUCAACAAGUAUUACAUAUCUGGAGCACCUCAAUGUCCUCUUCCAGAACCCAAUAUGGGAAUUAUCAUUCAGAAUUCCCAAUUCGACUAUAUUUGGCCACAGUUUUAUAACAAUAACAACUACACAUACCCUUGUGCUCUUGGAAUCAAUGGAGACGCCGCCUUUAAUUAUGAUGACUGGGAAUCUUUUAUCGCUGGCACACCUUCUUCGGGUGCUGCACUGUUCAUUGGAGUGCCUGCCGCGCCUCUAGCUGCAAAUGGGGGCACAAGUGGAGAAGUUUAUUAUGCGACCCCAGACCAGCUAGCUACUAUUGUCAGCUCAGUAGAUACCUACUCUCAAUUUGGCGGUAUCAUGAUGUGGAGUGCGGGUUUUUCGGACUCCAACGUCAAUAACGGCUGUACUUAUGCACAAGAAGCCGACAGUAUCUUAUUAACCGGCUCGCCCUGUGGUUCCGAUGGCUUCACCCUCACUCCAUCACUGACUCCAGUCGCUCCUACUCCUACAUUUUCCACCUCUAGCAGUACAGGCUCAACAACGGCAACGGGUACCCCUGUUCCAGAAUAUGGCCAGUGUGGAGGUGAAGGCUAUACGGGCUCAACCGUGUGUCAAUCGCCAUAUGUGUGCGUCAAAGGAAGUGACUGGUGGUCAUCAUGUCAAGCGGCAUAG